AUGGGCGAUUAUCCGAAUAAUGCCACGGUGACAGGAAGAAGGGGUGUCGAUAACUCGGCACGACCUUUCACUGCUCCUGGUAGGAUUAGAAGCGACGCCCAGCACGAAUUGAACACGCCAGCUUUUUCAAACGCCAACGAGAAUCCCUACGGGUCGCUUGGUGGUGAAGACUCUAGGUAUAAUUAUGAUUCGCGUUCUCAGCCGGCUGCGCAUAGUGGACAGACUCGCCACCAUGACGGUCCCGCGCACGACGCGUACGGUCCCGAAGCAACUAACCAAGCAGCCAGCAUGUUUGAUCCUCCGGCAAGUGACACGGACUUUUUUGCAAACCUCGGUGAUAGCCCCCAGGCCGACUUCGAAUCAACGCCCGCUGCUUCGUUCAUGAACGAGCGCAACCCUCAGCUGGAGUCUGCACCAGGUGAUGACUUCUUCAAUGACCAGGAAGAUGGGUGGCCUUUACAGGGUUCUCCAUUUUUGAAGGAAAACGACGACGGCGAUUUUGACAGACUAGAUGAUGAGACGGCUCAAACCAAUAGAGAUGACCCUGGAUACCCUCAACCUCAAGUGGAAUCCCAACCUGAAGUUUGGCCGAGUGAACAGCCUGCUCAGCAUGUGGUCCAGCAUGAGGACCAACACGAGGCCGAUCCCGAGGCACUGCCAGAGCCCGUGGCUCAGCAGGACCCCCAAGCUCCAGCUACACCAUCGGCUCUCAACUUGGAUCUGGAUGACGAUUUCUUAGGUGACUCUCCGGGGCCGGCUCCUCAGGCUCAACCAGCUACGCAACCCGGUGCUCAAGUUCAACCGGCUCAGGUUCAACCGGCUCCUCAACCCGCUGCUCAAGCUCAAUCGGCUCCUCAGGUUCAACAAGCUCCUCGGACCCAACCAGCUCCUCAGGCCCAACCAGCUCUUCAGCAGUCUUUUUCCCUCAAUGCUACGGCAGAUCUUUCCUUCCUAGGUGACGAUGAUGAUCUUCUGUCGGACGAUGAGCCUUUGGCUCCUUUACCGGAUUUGUCCAGUCAUUCUUUGAGAUCAACAGCCAGCAUGCCUAGCUUCCACACUGAUACAAGCGGUUUUGACUUGCCGUUGGAGAUCAUCCCUAAGACUUAUCAUCCUCGCCAUCAUGAACCACAACCUCCAGUGAAUCCACCUGGAACUCAACUGCCGCCUCCAACUCGUUCGCACACUCCUGGAAACGAUUCUUGGAGAUCAAUGUCGAGACCAAUGUCUGCUGAGCCCUCGAGGCCGAACCCUUAUGCCCCGCCUGUCUUUGCGGCUCCCCAGGCCCCUGCUCCUACCGCUAAAGCUCAGCAGUCUUUUUCGCCUUAUUCUUCGUCGACCCCAUUGAAUCAGGCUCCUCCAAAGUCUAAUCCUCAUGCGGCGGCCGCCAAGGCAAACCCUUAUGCUGCCGUAGCCCAAACUGAAAGCACAGCUAAUGACUCUAUCCAGAGUAUUGCGUCAAGUUUAAUCCCGAGACCCCCUAGUAUCCCUAUGGGUGUUUCUACUGUGAAUUCUCGAUCCCCUGCUCCGCAAUCUUUGGGUGGUGUCUUAAGUCCUCCUGGCCGUUAUGGUCUACCACCAGGCGCCUCACCUCGUCUAGCUGCUCAAACGCUCCCGGCUGCUCCAGCUGCUAAGGUCAAAUCUACAUUGAUGAGAGGAUCAAAUCCUGAUCCUUUCGGUUUCCCCGGCCUUGAAACGAUGCAAAAACCUCCUCGCCGUCGCCAGACUGCUUCGCCUGCGCCUAGGUCGAACGUCGCUCCACCACCGGUGGCAAGCGUGCCCCAUCCUGGCCCUAGUCGUGGACCUAGGUCAGUGGGUGGCCAUUCUCGUCAGGGGUCGGGUAUUUUAUCACCACCGCCUAGGCUGUUUUCUCCCGCGCAUUCACAACGUACUCCUUCCCAGAAUCCGUAUGCUCCUCCAGCUCAGUCGAUCCAGCAGCCACCAGAUUUGACCCCGCAUGGAGCCUAUGCUCCUAAGGCCAAUAUACCUGCGCUUCAGUCUCCCUAUGCCCCACCUCCGGGCAAUUAUAACCCUCAAAACCAACAGUAUGGACAUCAUGAAUAUCAGCACCCUCCGGGUGGGCAUGAACAUUCAGCUGGACAGUAUGACUAUCCUGGUCAACAAGGUAAUUAUAAUGGUCAAAUUGAUAUUCCUCAGAGUUAUGCUAGUUCCCAAGCCCACUACGACCAGCAGCAUCAAGAAUAUUAUCCUCAGGGACCCCAUGGUCACGAGCACAGCGAAGGCAACUUCGCACCUCCACACGUCCAGCACCCUGGCUAUAACCCUCAGGCAUCUAAUCAUCCUCAAGCCCAUCAGGGACAGCAAGCAUACAAUGAUCCUCGAGCUCAGCAGGGAUACUCACAGAGUUCUUACGAGCCGGCUCCAGGUCAAUAUGCGCCUCCACGCGCUCAGGCUCAAGGGCCUUAUCAGGGUCAUGUUCCUUCACAAGCUUAUGCACCACAAGGCCCUGCUCCGCAGGCUGACGCCUCCUCGCAUGGUUAUGGCCCGUCGCAAGGAUAUGCCCCUCCACCAGCUAACGCUCCUCCACGCGGACAUGCUCCUCCUCAAGCGCAGGCUCCUCGGGCUCAAGCUCCUCCUCAGGUCCAGGCUCCUCCUCAGGUCCAGGCUCCCCCUCAGGUCCAGGCUCCUCCUCAGGUCCAGGCUCCUCCUCAGGUCCAGGCUCCCCCUCAGGUCCAGGCUCCUCCUCAGGUCCGGGCUCCCCCUCAGGUACAGGCUCCUCCUCAGGUACAGGCUCCUCCUCAGGUACAGGCUCCUCCUCAGGUACAGGCUCCUUCUCGAGCCGACGCCGCCGGGGCACCGAAGACCGACAUGUACUCACAAGAAGCCCACGAUCCAAGAUCUGAGUUUCUAGGUCGUAUGCAGCAGGAUCCUCACGCCCCUCAGAGUGAACAGAAUGUUGACGCAGAGCAGCCGAAUAGUUACAUGCCCUCGGGUCCUGAGCACUACCAGAACGACGGUGCUGAUGUAUCUCAUGCCCAGAACCUUACUGAGUCUAGCGUCGACUGCUACAAGAUGCAACACUUACCGCCUAAUUCAUCCCGAAGUGAUGAUAGAGGCUACGGUCAGCCGCUUGGUGACCCCGAUGUCGAUCAUUCUGAACCUAUGAGAGCUCAUGCAAACCCCUGCAAACCUGUCACAGCCAAUCCAUAUGCUCCCUCAGUACAGGCAGAUCAGUCUGAUGGUGAGGUUCCUUUGGACUCCGAGAGAGCAGCUGCUCCACCUCCUUCUAAGCGUACUGUACCGGUUGCAAACCAAGAGAAGCAACCUCAGGGACCUAAAGAAUCUAAUACGCCACCUCAAAUUCCUAAAGUUCUUGAAGAUGAACCGACUAGUGAGUCCUUGGCGCCUCCUCCUGGGCCUCCAAAGGCCCAGCCUCGUGGCGCUAAGCCCAAGACUAAGACAGAGGACACCUCCGAUCCGUUGGCAGCUCUUUACAAUGCCCCACCGCGGAAACCUCAAACUCGUGGUAAACGCAGAGGACCACAUCCUCCCAUAAAAUCGCACGAUCCAGAGGUGGAGGAAGUACAACCGGAGCCCAAAACAGCUCCUGAGCCUGUUCAAAAUGGGAAUUCGACUUUCCGCAAUCCUGAAGAGCAAGCUUUCGAACCCGAUGAGGCACAUGAGGAAUGGCAUGAUCACGCCCCUAAGGUUACCGCUGCUACAGCUGCUACCAAAAGUGGCGGUAAGCGCAACCCGUAUGCUCCGUCGACAAAUGCUUCUGUUCAGCCUCCACCUGCUCCAGUGAUUAAUCGCAGCGACAGCCCUCUUUUCGAGCCUCCCCGGCCUCAAUCGCCUUUGGAUACUCGUGACCUGCUUCAAGAGUCCUAUGGUCGACCACUAGAAACUCCUGUAAGUCAGAUUAUGGACGACGUCGAACAGCCUGGCACUCCACAGCACCAGCGCCCACAACCUGCAGCACACCCUAGGAUGCCACCCCCGCCCGAAGUUUUGACUCCUAAAGUUGAUCACGGUAACUGGGCAACUGAGGAGCCUGAGAUUUCACCCCGCGGUGGUCAUGUACAGCGUUCACCCCAGCAGCCUAAGGCUGUCAAUGGUGCAGUUGCCCGUGGAAAGAAGCGGAACCCUUAUGCGCCGGCUGGUAAUGUCGAAAACAUUCGUCAAUCUGCCCGCUAUCCUGGUAUACCUCCAGCUGUAGCUGCAGCGGCAGCUAUGACUGCCCCCAUUAACAGGCCGCCCAGUUCUAUUAGCCGGCCCGGAAGUGUAUCGAAUGAUUUGCAUCUCUCGCGGCCUCCUAGUGAACUUGCUGAGCCCAAAGUGCCAGAACUGCACCCUGCUCAUCAAAUCCCUUUGUUUUUAUUCUCCAGAGAUCGCUAUGCUAAAGUGCUCCCUGCAAGAAUGUAUGGUGCACCUUCACUGGUCAGCGUUCAUGACGUUUCUGGCUUAAAAUUAUUGCCUCCUGUAAGGGCUAAAUUUCCGGCACCUCUGGUUAAUGCCAAGGGCGUUCUGAAGGGAAAGAAAAAGGAGCUGGAGAAGUGGAUGGAUGAGUCUGGUGAUAAAGGACUUUUGUUACGCAUUUUGAGAGUACUUGUGGAGCAACUGGAUCCUGAAGCAGAAGAACUAGCACUCCGUCGUGUCUUGGAUCCCCAAGCGGGUGAAAAGCAUGGUCGCGACAGACUCGUUUCAGGUGCAGAUUUGUUUUCACGCCAGCCUCCAACCGAACUUGGCUCAUCGUUGGGGGAUGUUUUGAUGGACCUGGCUGUUGGUAACCGUGAUGCGGCACUACAGAGUGCGCUGGAUUCUCGUCAAUGGGCCCAUGCCUUGGUGAUUGCCAAGUCACUUGGUCAGGAACAAUGGGAUGCCGCUCUCUUGCAGUUUGUUCGCGAAGAGUUGCGUACACAACCAGGUAGGGCCGGUCAGGAACUAGCAUUUAUCUACCGUGUCCUUGGAGGUGCUGGUGCUGCUGCUGCUGAUGAAUUGGAACCUCUCAGGUCGUCUGACAACUCUGCUCCUGGGUCUACAUUCAAUUGGGUCACAUACGCAUCGCUAGUUUUGGCCAACCGAACUCCUGGCGAUGGCCCAGCAUUAGCUGAGCUUGGUCGUAACCUUGUCAAGCGUGGACUCGUAGAGCAGGGUCAUGUAUGUUUGCUUUUGAGCGGUGAGCCUGUUUUCGGGGACUUGUUGAAUGGAUUCGAAGUACCUUAUAUCACUCGUGGAACUUCGGAACUUGCUCCUAUUGAUCUUGCAGAAAUUUACGAGUUUGUUUUACUAUCUCGUGGCUCUGCCAUUGCUCCGUUCGGCCAUCUGCUGCCCUACAAGGUCAACAAGGCCCUGGAGCUUGCUCAAUCUGGUCACCACACUGAAGCGACAAAGGUGGCAGAAAACGCGUUGGUCAUUGCUAGACAUCUCAAGGCUGCGCCGCUUGUUCAACUCUGUGAUCGUGCUUUACAGCACUGUGGGCAAGAUCCCAGUGGUUCUUCUGGUCACUGGUUGUCUAGGAAACUAUCUCGACCUCGUAUGGAUAGUACUUGGGUUUCGACUUUUAACAAGUUUGUCUCCGGCGAGGAUGAUGCCGAAAUCGGACAGCGCUCGCUGCCGGGCUUGUCUGCUUCAGCAAUUGCACGCCAUGGAUCUGAACCAAUUAUUAGUACAUCUAGGGCAUCACCUGCUCCUAUGCCUUUAGCACCCAUGACACCCAUGGCACCUUUGGUAGCUGGUGUUGCUCCCCGUCAGCCCGCUGAAGUUGGUUAUGUGCACAGUGUUGGCAGUUCGCCGAGAUCUAACCCUUACGCGCCUCCUGCUGGAUGGACCAAGCCUAGUACUCCGGUCCCACCGGUUUCUGAAGAGCCUGAGCUGAAAGCCGUACCCAAGCCUGCGCCUCCGCCUGCUUCUAUGUAUAAAGCUCCCGCUGCGCACAAGCCCAGGACGCGACCUGAGCCAGUUCCAGUGCCUCUGCCUGUGCCUGAGCCAGUGCGGGAGCCGGAGGUCGAACCUGAGGCUGAGCCUGAAGUCGAGUCUGAAGUCGAGGCCGAAAUUGAGGUCGAGGUCGAGGUUGAGGUCGAAGAAGAAGUUGAAGAAGAGCUCACUAAACAGACUGAGGCACAAGCUGACUACGGCGAUGAUGCUGAACAAAACAGAGGCAAAUAUGAUGAGCAGUACGAUGGCCAAUACGAUGACGAGUACGCUCAAGACGAGGACUAUGACUACAAUGAUUAUGACCAGGAUUAUGAUGAUCAGUACAAUGAUCAAUACAACGACGAUCAGUACGAUGAUCAGUAUGAUGAGGGAGCUCCGGAAGGCGAGGAUCUUGGCAUUGGCAAUUCGGCCCCCAAGACUGAAAAAGCGCCUGAAAAAGAGGAAAAGAAGGAUACUCACAAGGGAAGCUGGUUUGGGUGGCUGCGUAAAGGAGAGGACCCUAACGCACCCAAGCCGAUCAAGGCCAAACUUGGCGAGCAGAGCUCGUUCGUUUAUGAUGAAAAGCUCAAGCGGUGGGUGAAUAAGAAUGGGCCUCCACCUGAAGAAGAGGCACCUCCCCCUCCACCGCCCAAGGCCAAGGCCCCUGCGUCGCCUGCCAAGUCACCUGCAAAAGCUCCUGCGAAACCACCGGCCAGCAGUCCGGCUAAGCCUGAGCCAGGUGCAGGAUCUGCCGGCCCUCCCAAGCCAGCGAGCAGCGCACCCAAGCCGGCUAAGGCCAAUACCGCGUCAAAGGCUGCUCCAGCAAACGACAUUGACUCGUUGCUCAGCGCCGCACCGGUUGCCCGUCGCAAGAGACCGACACGCAGUCGGUAUGUUGAUGUGAUGAACCCAACAUAA